AUGAACUCUGAUCCAAGCACGUUUCCAGGUGCCUUUUCAAGCAAACUAGCUUUCACACCUACAGCCCAGAGAACAAUGGCUACCGAUGACCCAACAAUUGACAUUCAACAAUGGGCGAUUGACAACGAAAUAAGCUCACAUACGCUAGCUAAGUUAGCCGAAUCGGAGUUCAACUCAAUGUCAUCCAUUCGACUGAUUGAAAAAGAAGAUAUUAUCAAAAUGCAGAUUGAGCCAUUGUAUAAAUCUUUAUAUAAUUAUAUCUUGUCAACAGGUAAGAAUGUAGCUUCUGAUAUAGCUGAUAAGCUGUGUGAAUCAGUUGCAACUAAAUUGGAAGGAAAAGUACUUGGAACUUUUGACCGUGUGACUUCUGCUGUGAAGCAAAGUCUGAAUGAAUCUUUGAUACAGAUUCUGUCUCCCAAGAGACGUAUUGAUAUCUUACGUGAUGUCUUAGAUGCCAAGAACCACAGUCGUCCUUAUGUCAUUACAUUCUGUGGUGUUAACGGAGUGGGAAAGUCCACUAACCUUGCUAAGAUAUGUUUUUGGUUAAUUGAGAAUGGAUUCCGUGUCUUGGUGGCUGCAUGUGAUACUUUCCGUGCUGGUGCUGUGGAGCAGCUACGUACACACACACGUAAAUUGAAUGCAUUGCAUCCACCACAGUCGCAUAGUGGUGCACAGAUGGUGCAGUUAUAUGAAAAAGGUUAUGGUAAAGAUGCAGCUGGUAUUGCUAUGGAAGCUAUCAAUUAUGCUCGUGACUGUCAUAUUGAUGUGGUUUUGGUGGAUACGGCUGGUCGUAUGCAAGAUAAUGAACCACUCAUGAGAGCGCUGUCUAAGCUCAUUAAAAUCAAUCAGCCUGAUUUAGUUCUGUUUGUUGGUGAAGCUCUGGUUGGUAAUGAAGCUGUAGAUCAGCUAGUUAAAUUCAACCAGGCCUUGGCUGACCACUCACAAAUGGAGAAUCCUCGCCUCAUUGAUGGUAUACUGUUGACCAAAUUUGAUACAAUUGAUGAUAAGGUUGGUGCUGCCAUAUCAAUGACAUACACUACUGGUCAGCCUAUAGUAUUUGUAGGAACAGGUCAAACCUAUCGUGACCUCAAGAAUCUGAAUGUCAAAGCAAUCAUCACUGCUUUACUUAAAUCUUAAUUUGAUCUCUUUGUAAACAGCAGUCCAGACUCUGAAGUAUUGUUAGCAAACAGAUAAAAGUAGUAAAUUGUACUUUACAUUUUAAAGGAGAAACAUUUAACUGUAUUUAAUUUUAUCAUAAUUUAUGCUGCAUGGAUAUUGACUGGAUUUAAUUUAAAUGUAUUUAUGAGUCAAUUAAGUGAAAAGAAAAUUAAUUACCAAAUAAUUAUAAUC